GUUUCAAAGAGCUUGUGGUGGACUCCCUGUGGCUCGACGGUUUGGUCCUGACGGUGGAGAAGCGCACGUUGCAAAGCUCCAACGUGACGGACUUAGUGGCACUCUUGAAGGACAAGGACGACAAGGAGGUCGAUGGCGAUGGAACGGCGCCCAGCGGAUUGGGGGAGAACUUGCAGGGCGUGGUCUCGAACGUGGUGGACACGGCCUCGAAGAUCACCCAAG